AUGAAAUUUGCAGAUAAAUUAAUAUAAUAAUAAAAUCCUCCAGCACAGGUUCACAGGAUACUGAGAAUCGGAGACAAGGACUACCAGAAAAUAACUUAAUAAACUUAGCCGAUUUAGAUGAUGUCUCAGAGAAUGAAAUAGAUAAUCUAAUGUCUAAAAAUGACUGCAGCGCAAGAGAAUGCCGUAAGCUUGUCUUGCCCGUAGAUAGGGUACAAUUAUCAAAUUUUUGUUGUGUUGAAACAUAUGAAAAAGAACCAGUGGUGUUACAAUAAUUUGUCAUCGUCGGAUUAUAUGACCUUAAUAAAUCCUUAGAAGUUGAAGCAAAGCCGAUUCACGUAGGUGGAAUGGGAGGAGUGUCCUUCAUUUCCUUUUUUGAUGGGGAAGGUGGAGAGGCCUUACAAGAUCGAAUAUCAAUUCAUUAAUGAAAAGUUUAAAUUAAUUAAACAAACUCUGAGUGGUUUUGAGGCUCGAGUGGUUUAGCAUGAGAUGGAUCAUUUGGAAGGGAUUACAUUGGACAGUCCCGAUAAGAUGCUGUUGGAAUCGAAGAGGGAGAGUUUCAAGUGUGACGAUAUCAAUUUUGAGGGUUUGUAGGAGUAGUUGGCUGAUUUGGAAUUGGCUUCUAUGAAGAUGAAAUUAGAUUAAUUUAAAGGCAAUAAAUGA